AUGGAUAUCCAAAGUACAAGCUCAGAUUCUACUAUGAGCUAUCAGCAGCAGCAGCAGAAGAGAACUGCCAUUUUAAUUGUUGAGCCACCAAUGCAACCACCACUGAAUCUACCUCGAUCAGAUCUAAUUACAGGAAGUAGAGAAGACUACAUCGAGAUUGGUGUUCCACUUUAUGAAGCAUCAAUCAAAGGAGACUGGACUACUGCUGAAGCAAUUCUAUUCAGACAACCAGAACUCGUACGGUUUGCCAUCACUGAAAAUUAUGAGACACCACUUCACAUUGCAGCAUCAGCGGAAAGCACCAAAUCCGUGGAAGAGUUUGUCCAAAACCUAGUAAAUAUGAUGGAAGCAAAAGAUUUAGAACUACAAAAUAAAAGUUACAACACUGCUUUCUAUUUAGCAGCUGCAGCAGAAAAUCUGGAAACGGCAAGGAUAAUGGCUUCAAAAAACCCAUUGGUAUUUGAAAUCCCUGGUAGUCAAAGAUUAAUGCCACUCUAUGUGGCUGCUUUACAUGCAAAACCCAAAAUGGUGAGAUAUCUCUAUACGAUUUCUAACAGAAUGUCCAGUGAUUAUUGGAAUAUUGAGAAUCGGGGUUGGGUUCUACAAAAAUGUGUUGAUGCUGAAAUCUUUGAUGUUGCAUUGCAAAUAGUGAAUGAUCGCCCUGAACUCUGCGCCAAGAAUAAUUUACUCACAGAUGUACUCUUGCUUUUGGCUAAGAAGACUCAUGCAUUUAAACACAGAAAACCACAUAUUGUCUUGAGAAUCAUCAACUCAUCUUUUGCAGUUUUUCAUGUGCACGGGGGUCAUGCGGAAGAGGAAAGUGACGCCCAUCAAUUAUUAAGUGAACUUUGGAGAAGAAUUGUAAUAAUGCCCAAGAAAGAGAUUGAUGCUAUAAUUCGUGGGCCACCUAGCGAAGUUAAACGCAAGGAAGCUAUUAAAGGCCGCCACGCAAACAUCUAUAAUUUGCUAUAUGAGAUUGGAUCCAUGAAAGAUAUGAUAACUCCUAUUAAAGACAAAAAUGGCAAUAAUAUGUUGCAUUUAGUUUCCAAAAGUGCUAAGCCGAAACGACUUCAGGAUGUGUCGGGAAUUGCUCUACAAAUGCAACGAGAGUUAUUAUGGUUCAAUGAGGUCGAGCGGAUGAUCCCUCCUAGUUUCAGAAAAUGUAAGAACAACGAUGGAGAGGAACCAUACGACUUAUUUACAAUAAAACAUGAAAAACUAGUUAAAAAAGGCGAGAAUUGGAUGAAGAAUACAGCUUCUCAGUGUAUGGUGGUGGCAACGCUUAUUGCAACCAUUGUAUUCGCUGCUGCUUUCACACUUCCUGGUGGGUACAACCAAGACACCGGGAUCCCAUUUUUCCAGCAAAAACCAACCUUUAUUAUCUUUGUGAUCGCAGAUGCAUUUUCUUUAGUAUUCUCUUCAACCUCGGUCCUUGUAUUUCUCUCUAUCCUCACAUCUCGUUAUGUUGAACGUGAUUUCUUGGAGUUGUUACCGAAAAAGCUGAUGGCGGGUCUUGCGACGCUUUUUCUUUCGAUCGUGUCCAUGAUGAUUGCUUUUGGUGCAAGUUUUUUUUUACUUUAUAAGGAGCAUUUUAGAUGGGUGCCAAUUAUUCUGUCCAAUUUGGUUGCGUUGCCGGUGAUUCUAUUUGCGAUAUUGCAAUUUCGUCUUUUGGGGGAUGUGUAUCACUCGGUGUAUGAAUCUAGGCAUCUCUUUAAGCCGAAGAAGCGCAUGCUUUACUAUUGAAAUCUUAGUAGAAGCGUCAACCAACCCUGUGAGGUUCCAUGUUAUACUCAAAUAUUGAACCCAAGAGCUCCUUGUAAAAAGUUCACUACCUAACUAGUCGGUUCCCAUUAUACCCUCUAUUAAAAGCAUUGUAAUGGUUUAUUCCAAUACAUACUAUAAUAAGCGUU